AUGUCGACGACCAAACCUUUCCCUCGCAAGCUAAUCCACACCCUCAAGACACACAAUGGACCGGUAAAUGCCGUUACUUUCUCCAGCUAUCCGGGAACAUAUGUUCUGACCGGCUCGUCUGAUCGCGCAAUCCAUCUCUCCCGCGCCGUUCCCAGUAAUACUUCCUCCGGCGUGGAGACGACUUCUCCGAUCCAGAAAUAUGAGGCGCACGGAUACUCAGUCCUAGACGUGGCCGUCGCGGCCGACAACGCCCGGUUUGCGAGUGUGGGCGGUGAUCGCCAGGUAUUUCUGUGGGAUGUCGAGCAGGGGAUAACCACACGGAGAUGGACGGGCCACAAUGCCAGGGUCGAGGCGGUCCAGUUUGCGGGAGAGGGCGAUUCCGUGGUGGUAUCUGGGAGCGCAGACACCACUAUCAACCUGUGGGACACCCGAUCCAAAGCCCAUAAGCCCAUCCAGACCCUCGCCGAAGCCCGGGAUACCGUGUCCUCGCUGCACGUGCACAUGCCCACGUACUCCAUCGCGAGCGGGAGCUACGAUGGCCGCGUCCGCGUCUACGAUGUCCGUAUGGGCCGGACGACCGUCGAUGUCCUGGCUCAUCCUGUCACGAGCGUGCGGUGCUCCGCGGACGGCAACGUGCUACUCAUCUCUACGCUUGACGGUCGGAUUCGCAUGCUGGACAGGGCGGAUGGGAAGCUGCUCCAGGCCUUUGGGGGCGAGGAAGGUUAUAAAUCGAGCCCUGGGAACGCGAUCUACCGCAAUAGCGAACUGCGGAUCCGGUCGGUCUUCGCGAAGGCGGAUGCUGUUGUCCUGAGCGGUAGCGAGGCGGAGAAGGGGGAUCGAUCGGCCCAAGCGUAUGUCUUUGCUUGGGACGUGCUUAGCGGGGAGGUCAUUGCGAGUGUCCCCGCGGGCGACGGGGUGAAGGUGGUCAGCUGUGUGGCAUGGAAUGAAAAGGGUGGUUGCUGGGCUGGGGGAUGCUCCGAUGGUACCGUCAAAAUCUAUAGCUGA